AUGACGGGAAAGAAGUCUUCCAGGGAGAAGCGGCGCAAACGAAGCGGUCAGGAGGCGGCGGCGGCCCUCGCGGCGCCGGACCUGGUCCCCGCAGUAGGCAGCAGUGGCAGUGGAAGCACCAGCGGCUGCGGGAGCGCAAGCGGCUGCGGGAGCGUCACCUGCUGUGGGAGCACUAGCGCGAGUGGAAGUGUCACCGGCGGCGGGAGCGGCAGCAGCUGCUGGGGUGGCAGCAGCGUGGAGCGCGGUGAGCGUAGGAAGCGGAGAAGCACUGACUCAUCUUCCAGCGUCGCCGGCUCUCUGCAGCAGGAGACCAAAUAUCUUUUGCCACCUCUGGAAAAAGAGUUAUUCUUGGCAGAGCACAGUGACCUUGAAGAAGGUGGAUUAGACCUGACUGUGGCAUUAAAACCAGUUAGUUUCUAUAUAUCAGACAAAAAAGAAAUGCUUCGGCAGUGUUUCUGUAUCAUAGGAGAGAAGAAGUUACAGAAGAUGCUUCCUGAUGUGUUAAAGAACUGUUCAAUAGAAGAAAUUAAAAGACUUUGCCAGGAACAGCUAGAGCUCCUGUCUGAAAAAAAAAUUUUGAAGAUUCUUGAGGGUGACAAUGGUUUGGACUCUGAAAUGGAAGAAGAAGCAGAUGACGGCUCUAAGAUGGUAUCUGAUUUAGUUAAUCAACAAGACAGCUGUGUAGAUUCUACUUCAUCCCUGAGAGAGAACAAGCGACCUGAAGGUUUGGAAUCAAAACAAGGCAAAGGGGAAGAUAGCGAUGUACUCAGUAUAAAUGCAGACGCUUAUGACAGCGACAUAGAAGGCCCCUGUAAUGAAGAAGCAGCUGCUCCUGAGGUCCCAGAAAAUACAGUCCAGAGUGAAGCUGGUCAGAUAGAUGACCUGGAGAAAGACAUUGAGAAAAGCGUGAACGAGAUUCUGGGACUUGCAGAGUCUAGUCCAAAGGAGCCCAAAGCCGCCACCCUGACUGUUCCUCCGCCGGAAGAUGUUCAGCCUUCGGCGCAGCAGCUGGAGCUGCUCGAACUUGAAAUGAGGGCCAGAGCUAUUAAAGCCCUGAUGAAAGCUGGUGAUAUAAAAAAGCCAGCCUAG